ACCCGGGAAGUCAAGUCUGCCCUGAGCUGUGAUCCUUCCACUGCACCCGAACCUGGGCGACAAAGACCCUUUCUUAAAAAAAAAGUACAACUCUGUCCUUCACCUAGCUCAGAGACUGAGAAAUCGAUUCAAAAGAAGUUUCGGUGCUUGCUUCCCGUGGUAGCAAGGGAGACUGGGAAGUGAUUAAAUAUAUUUCCUCCACGAAGAGGAUGGACAAGGUCCUUUUUUAGGAAGGUAAAAAGGAGGAGCGUCGGUAGUAGGGAUCUUCCACAGAGGGGUAAAGUUAAGGAGCCGGAAAUGAAGCGUUUGAACAAAGGGUGAGAAGCAAAAUGGUAAAAGGCGAAAUCGAAGAAGUGGGUGUUUCAACGGUAGAGAGAAUAAUAGACGCAAAUUCGUCCUUUUACGUUCCCAGACGGCUCAGGUGGGGGAACAUAAGUCCUAACAACAAGCGCGCCCUAAUCCUAGCCACUUCCCUCAAGAAGCUUUCACGCAGCCUCGGCCAAGGCCGGCGCCUCACAGCACACGCGCGGAUUCGUUUUUCCUCUGCUGACCGACAGGAAGCGGAAGCCGUGCGUGGGCGGCCGUUUCUAGUGCGCCUGCGUGGGAGGCCGUGUUUCGUGCUCCUGCGCGGCGGUGAAUCGCCGCCCUGCCCCUGUGUCUCUAGUAACUGCCCGGCGUUAACCGUUUAAGUCGCGGCUCAUGCCCCCAGUCUCCCGGGCCCGCUAUUCCGAGGACGUCCUGAGCUCUCGUAGACGGCGACGCAGCUCCUCGGGGAGCCCAGCAUCCGCGCGGAGCAGACGUUCCUCUAGGGAUGGCCGUUCGCGCUCUCACUCCCGCGGCCGUGAGGGCCUCAGGCCUCCUUGUAGUGAGUCGGGCGUGGACGUUCUUUACCCCAUUUGUACCUCUGGGUCGCAGGAGCGGCCCCCAGGGCUCCGCACCUACGCUUUACCUUCCUCCUCGUUGACCUCGUAUAGCGGAUAUCGCCACCGUCGCCACCAGUAUGCGGAAGAACGGCAGUGGGUGGAAGACUACGCGAAGGAGAAGGAAGAGAGCUAUGGGCAGAGGAGGCUGAAGGAGAGAGAGAGGAUUGGGGAGUUGGGAGCACCUGAGGUGUGGGGCCUGUCCCCAGAGUUUCCUGAACCAGAUUCUGAUGAACAUAGCCCAGUUGAGGAUGAAGAGGUAAAGCAUAGGAAGAGCAGCAGCUCAGACUCCAGCUCGGAAGAAAAUGGGAAAAAGAAGACCAGUCGUUCAAGAAACAAGAAAAAAAGAAAGAAUAAGUUGUCUAAAAGAAAACAUAGGAAGUCUUCUGAUGAUAGUGACAGUAACUCAAACCCAGAAAAAAAUUCUAACUCUGAUGAUAAUAAAAAGAGAGUUAAAAAAGCCAAGAAGAAAGAGAAGAAAAAGAAACGUAAAACAAAAGAACCCAAGAAAAAGAAGAAUAAGAAGACUAAAAAAGAAUCCAGUGACUCAAGCUGUAAAGAUUCAGAAGAGGAGUUGUCUGAAGAUACGUGGAUGGAGCAGCCAAAUAUUGCAGAUACUAUGGAUUUAAUAGGUCCAGAAGCACCUAUAAUACAUACCUCUCAAGAUGAGAAACCUUUGAACUAUGGCCAUGCUUUGCUCCCUGGUGAAGGUGCAGCUAUGGCUGAAUAUGUAAAAGCUGGAAAGCGAAUCCCACGAAGAGGUGAAAUUGGGUUGACAAGUGAAGAGAUCGCUUCUUUUGAAUGCUCAGGUUAUGUCAUGAGUGGUAGCAGGCAUCGCAGAAUGGAGGCUGUACGACUACGUAAGGAGAACCAAAUCUAUAGUGCUGAUGAGAAAAGAGCUCUUGCAUCUUUUAACCAAGAAGAGAGACAAAAGAGAGAAAAUAAGAUUUUAGCCAGUUUUCGAGAGAUGGUGUACAAAAAGACAAAAGGGAAAGAUGACAAGUAAGGACUUGUUAGUUGCACAGCAAGACUUUUAACAAUAAAAGUUUUAUAUGACCAGAAGUGUUAAAAGGCUUUGCAGUGCUACUGUACUUAACGUAGUGUCUCAGGAAAAAGCUGCUUUUGUGAUGUCUUUAGCAGCUUAUUUUUUUUGACUUUAGAAAGUAACAGUUUUAAAAAUAGUCAUUACAGAGGGGAGUUAGUAAAAAGUGAAUCUUUCACCGCAGCCCCUGACACCUUUCUUCCAAAAAGUAUCUUUUUUAGUGUCCUGUACAUAGAAUGUACAUUCUGCACAUACACAAGGAUAUAUGUUGCAGGAUAAGGGUUAAGAGCUAUUAAAGUUUUUUUCUCCUGUUACUCUGUUUUGCCAUUCAUUUGCCCCUGGGGGACCAAAAGAAGCCCAGAAAGAACAAAAGGAUUCCAUAAGUGUAUACCUCUACUUUCAGUUAACAGGCUGGGUUAGAAAAUAGAAAAUAUUUAUUGGCUCUUGAAAAGUCUGGAAGAAGGAUGGAUUUCCUGCAUGGCUUUAAUUGAAUUUCAGCUUUCUUCUCCACUUUCCUUUUCCAAGGGUCGUUUACCUUGGCCUGGUUUCCCUUAUAUAACAAAAAGGCUGUCAAACCUCCUGAGUUUGGUUACCUUUUUUUCUGGUCCACCUCUGAAGAGAGAACAUUUCUGAGUUGCCAAUCCAAACAGGAAUCCAGAGAUUCACCAUAAUGGGAUAAGCUUGGGCCACUUGCCCACUCAAAACAAGUGUUGUUGCUUAGGAAAUAGAAUGGCUUAUCUGUGGAGUUGUAGAUCAGUUGUACAGGAGUGGAUUCUUGAAUGAAAACCAGGUUGGGCAAGGGAAGUAGACAACCAAUAAAUGCCUACUACAGUUUUGAAUCAUUUUUUUAAAAGCAUAUAGUGAAAGUACAUGUGUUAGAAGUGAAAAUUUUCUUGUAGAAAAGCUUGGCUUUGACUACUAGAAGCCAAAUCCUGAUUUAAGAGGAUAUAAGCUUUAUUCAUAAAAAGAUAUGAAAGAUGAAUAUCAGAGUGCUUGAGUAGAUUUGGGCCAUCUAGCCUGGCAAGAGAAAGAAAAAAUGAUAAGGUAUAAAGAAGAAUGCCAGGGCCUGAUGGCUUGCCUGUAAUCCCAGCCCUUUGGGAGACUGAGGUGAGAGAAUUGCUUGAGGCUAGGAGUUCGAGGGCAGCCUGAGUAACAUAGCAAGACCAAAUCCCCACCCCCACUCCCAAAAAAAGAGUGAGAUGUUAGAUUUUGAAGGGAAAGCGAGGGUUACAGAAACACACACCACACACACACACACACACACACACACACACACGGAGGUUCAAUGGCAAAUGCGCGAUUUGUGUCCGGCAUAACACCUACAGAGUUGGGGAACCAACCUGAUGCCAGUGCCUACCAUUGCUUACAGGCUGGGGCACUUGUAGGCCUGAGCAGGAGGGGUCUGGGCAGUAUGGCUUGCUGCCAGGGAAGAUGUUGAUAAGACAAUUUGGCUCUUGUUCCCACAGAAUGUAAUGUUCCUUGCACUUUUUGCCAGCACAAUAUGAGAAAGGGCAGGCUGUUUCUCACAGCCCGAACCCCUGUGGAAUGUUUUACCUUGAUUAAGGUCUGAGAAAUGGUGGAAGACUUACAAAAUGAUGCAGUUUGGGCUAACAAGAGAGAACCAGAGGAAGAAUAAGGUAGUUGGCAGAACUCGAGGAGGAGACCAGAUCAGGAGGGACCACAGGGACAGGAGAAUUAGCAUCGAGAGACUGGCUAAUCUUUUUAGAAAACUCUUGAGUUUUGAGAAAACUUCACAGUGAUCUCCAUUAAAGGUCUAUUAAAAGGCCUUUUUGUCAUUCAGUGAUAUGUGUCUGGCCCUUGAGACUUUAGUUUAACACUAUCCAAAUUAUCUCAUUUGCAUAACCCCCUUUUCAAAGUUCAAAAUAUUGAUUAGCUCCCGGAGAGUUGCAGGUGAGGAAAUGGGGUUCUAGAAUCUGGCAGGGCAGUGUGAUGUGGAAGGGCACAUUUACUCUUCCACAAGAUGUGACAUGGCUGACACUGGACCACAUCAGCUUAAGAUUUUCCCCAAAGGGGGUUGUGGCAUAUUGGUGAUAGCCAUGCUGUUACAUGUGCAUAUUUCCAUUUAGAACAAACUAUACCACACUAUACACAUGGAUUGACACUUUGCUCUUUUAAUACAUCCUGGAGAUGUUUUAUAUCAAUACAUAUGAAACUUUCUUUUUAAUAACUUUAUAGUAUUCCAUUAUAUGAAAGCACCAUAUUUUGUUGGAUGAUGAAGAGGUUUUUCUAUAUUAUGCUAUCACACAGCAUUAUAGUGAAAGCCUCUGUGAGUAUGUGACAGUGUAUCUGUAGCAUAUCAUCUAAAAAUAGAUGAAUAUUAGAUCAAAAAGAAUCUUUUGGAUCAUCUAGAAAUGCUAACUUCAAAAUAGAAUUAUUGAAACAAGAGGAAAAUGUCAGGCGCUUCCUAUGUAUUAGGCACUGUGGCUGGUACUGGGAAUAAACCAAGAAACAAGUUAAACUUGCUCCUUGCCAUCAUAUAAUUUUACAUCUUACUGGGGGAGACAGACUCACAAAAGCCGACAGACAAAAAUUACAAAUUACGGUAUGAUGUGAAGAAAGUAAGGGGCUACAGACAGUGUUGGGGGGCAGCUUUUUUGAUAAAAUGGUUAAAGUCUAAGAAUGUCACAUUUAAGCUCUGUGUGCUUUUCAAUUUUAAUAGAUACUGCAACACCCCCCUCUCUGUUUACACACUCACCAACAUCAUCACCAAUAUUGUUUUUUCAAACCUUUUGAUCUUUCCCAAUCUAAGGUGUAAAUGACAUUUUAUUUUUUAUAAGGUAGAGCAUCUUUUCAUAGAUGUAUUUAUGAGUCUUUUGAAAUUCUUUUUUGUGUAUGUGAACUGCUCCUGCGAUAACCUUUGUCUAUUCUUUUAUAGCGUUGUUGGUCUUUUUCUUACUGAUCAUAAAAAUGCUUUAAUAAAUAAAUUAGAUCUUUAUCAAA